AUUAAACUGGUUAACAACCGAGUAGAUGCAAUCAACCAAUGCCUCUACGCGUCCUCCAAUUUAUUUUUGGCUGCCAAAGACGAGUUCCGGUCCCCGGUCCUUUUUUUCGCGCUUUUCGUCAUGAACUUGGUGAUUUCACGAUGUUUAAGGACAACCAUGGUAAUGAGUUUCGCGUCAUGUUAGACAAGGUUGGUAACAAUGCUUUUUUUUCCGAGGGCUUUCGUUCCAUGGUUGCCGCGUACAACAUAAGGCAUGGGGCUUGGUUGCGCGCCUACUAUGAAGGUGACAGCACUCUAUGCACGUCCAUAAGGAACCUUGAUGGAUCCCGCAUUGUGUACCCAAAGCCAUGUUCUCGGAGCAGCUUUGCUGCUCCAGCAAGCAGUGGUGUUAAUCAUCAUCGAACCCGAGUCGUUUCUCGUGAUGUGAUGCAUACCGGCGACGUUAUAGCUCCAUUUUCCAUUGAAUACACUCCCCCGACUUCUCCUGUUUGUAACAACGCCUUCGGCAGCCCGUUGAUCUCAACCAAUAGCCUCGGCUGUCCUGUGUAUGUUGCCUCGACUACGUCACACGCGAGUCCCGUGGGCCGUGUUGAUCUUGGUUCGCAGAUCCGAUCACUUAGUCCGACACAUGCAGGAGAUGCUGCCAGUUUCUCCGAGUGGAUUCGUCGUUAGAUUUGUUCUCGACCUUUCCUUCUGACCCAUGAUUCUCCUACC